AUGGAUCUGGAAGGUGGAAGAACUCGUAGAAAUUCUUCAAAGAAAGACUCCUGGAGGACUGUUCUGACACUAGCCUAUCAGAGUCUUGGAGUUGUUUAUGGAGAUUUAAGCAUUUCACCUUUAUAUGUAUUUAGAAGCACUUUUGGUGAGGGAAUUGGUCACUCUAAUACAAAUGAAGAGAUUUUUGGUGUUUUGUCUUUGGUGUUUUGGUCUGUGACACUGGUUCCUUUAGUUAAAUAUGUGUUCAUAGUGUUGAAAGCUGAUGAUAAUGGUGAAGGAGGUACUUUUGCGCUUUACUCUUUGUUGUGUAGACAUGCUAAAGUCAAUUCUCUUCCUAAUUGUCAAUUGGCUGAUGAAGAACUAUCUGAGUAUAAGAAAGAUUCUUGUGGUGGCGGUGAUGGUGUUUCGACGGAUAGAGGUUUUGCGUUCCGGCUUAAGUCGACACUUGAGAAACGCAAGGUUUUGCAGAAGAUUUUGCUUAUUCUUGCUUUGAUUGGUACUUGUAUGGUUAUUGGUGAUGGUGUCCUUACACCUGCUCUUUCAGUUUUCUCGGCCAUAUCUGGAUUUGAGCUUUCAAUGUCCAAGGAACAUCAUGCUUAUGUAGAAGUUCCAGUUGCAUGCAUCAUAUUGGUAGGCUUGUUUGCGCUUCAGCAUUAUGGCACACAUAGGGUUGGCUUCUUGUUCGCACCGAUAGUUAUCAUAUGGCUAUUUUGUAUCAGUGCCAUUGGACUAUAUAAUAUUUUCUUCUGGAACCCUCAUAUAUACCGUGCACUCUGUCCUAUUUAUGCUUUACGAUUUAUAAGGAAAACUCAGACGGGAGGGUGGAUGGCCCUCGGCGGAGUUUUGCUGUCCAUAACAGGAUCAGAAGCCAUGUUUGCUGAUCUUGGACACUUCUCACAAUUAUCAAUCCAGAUUGCGUUCACUUCUGUGGUUUAUCCAUCUUUAAUUCUUGCAUAUAUGGGACAAGCUGCUUAUUUAUCAAGACAUCAUGAAGUCGAGCAUGCGUAUCACUUUGGGUUUUAUGUAUCUGUUCCAGAGAACUUGAGAUGGCCUGUUCUUGUGAUAGCCGUAUUUGCUGCGGUUGUGGGAAGCCAAGCCAUCAUAACCGGAACAUUCUCAAUUAUCAAGCAAUGUUCUGCAUUAAAUUGCUUCCCAAGAGUUAAAGUGGUUCACACAUCAUCCAAAAUUCACGGUCAAAUAUAUAUCCCUGAGAUCAAUUGGUUAUUGAUGCUCCUGACCUUGGCUGUUACUAUCGGUUUCAGAAACACACAGCAUCUCGGUCAUGCCUCAGGUUUAGCAGUUAUCACAGUGAUGUUGGUCACCACCUGUUUGAUGUCACUGGUUAUUGUACUAUGCUGGCACCAGAAUGUUCUCUUCGCGCUCACAUUUGUUCUCUUUUUCGGCACCAUUGAGUCACUCUUCUUCUCGGCUUCUCUUACGAAAUUCCUACAAGGAGCAUGGGUGCCGAUUGCACUGGCAUUUGUAUUUAUGACAGUCAUGUACGUUUGGCACUUCGGCACACUCAAAAAGUACGAAUUCGAUGUUCAAAACAAGGUUUCCAUCAACUGGCUACUCGGCAUAGGUCCAAGCAUAGGCAUCGUACGAGUGCGCGGCGUCGGCCUCAUACAUACAGACCUAGUAUCCGGUAUUCCUGUUAUCUUCUCUCACUUUGUGACCAACCUGCCAGCCUUCCAUCAAAUCCUAGUCUUUCUCUGCAUCAAACAUGUGCCGGUUCCGCACGUAAGACCCGAGGAAAGGUUUCUAGUCGGGCGCGUAGGUCCAAAAAACUUCAGACUCUAUCGAUGCAUAGUACGGUACGGUUACCGCGAUGUCCACAAAGACGAUGUUGAGUUUGAGAACGAUCUUUUAUGCAGCAUAGCCGAGUUCAUACGCACCGGAAGCACUGAAAUAUCUUCAAACGACGAGAUAGAAACAAUUGAAAAAAUGACAGUUGUUGGAACAUAUUCUUCACAAACCAUUUCAAGAAGAGGCGAAAAGGGAGAUAAUAAUGCAGAUAACUUGGACUCGGAAGAGACAUCGUCGGAGCUUAAAGAGAUAAAAUCCCCGCAGGUGAUUCAACAGAAGAAACAGGUGAGGUUUUUGGUACCCGAGAGUCCAAAGAUCGACACAGAAGCAAAUGAAGAGUUAGAGGAAGUAAUGGAAGCUAGAGAAGCUGGAAUAGCUUACAUUAUAGGACAUUCAUACAUGAAGGCUAAACCAGGGUCUAGUACUAUAAAGAAAAUAGCUAUUAAUUUUGUGUAUGAAUUUCUAAGGAGGAAUAGUAGAGCACCCUCCUUUGUACUUGGUGUACCUCAUGCAUCAUCUUUAGAAGUUGGGAUGAUGUACCAAGUUUAA